AUGUAUGAAACAGAAGGUUCAUCCGUAGCAAGCAGCUCCUAUGCAGAUCAAGAUGAAAUGGAGCACUUUAUGAAUCGAUGCUCCAUAUGCUUUGAUGCCCAGCUUGAUUUUUGCUUGGAAUACUGCAAAGAUCAAUACUGCUUGGAGUGCUUUCAAAAAUACAUAAUAGAAGUCGUAAAAUCAUCAUGGGGUUUGAGUGUGACUCCUAUCAGGUGUCCUGUCUGUACAGAGUUGAUACCAAAGCAUGAAUGGAGCCAAUAUGUACCUCGAAAGAUCAUUGAGAUUUAUGACAAAUUCAACAAACCUUAUCGUAGCUAUACAAGAGCAUGCCCUCACUGCGAAACAGAUAUGAUUCCCUGUACUUAUAACUGUAACAAUAGCUCUUCAUAUCCCUUCAGGUCAAUUAAACUAUGA